UUUACUGUAUUUUACUCUAUUGUCGCUAUUUGGAUUAUAUUAAUAAUAAGUAUUUAUUAAAAAUAAAGAAAAAUUAAUAAAAAGUUGUAAAAAUAAGCGGUUUACCCAAAUAAUAACAAAAAGAUUUAAUGAUACUUGACGUUAUCAAUGGUGUUAGCAGUAGUAGUAGUAGUACUGUUUUGCGAUAAGAAAAUACAAUUUGCAAAUACAAUACAAAAUCCGAAACAAAAGUGUUUGUUAUACUUGUAUGUACUUUAAACUUGUAUUAUUCAACGGCUACCACCUUGUUAUUAUUAGUCUAUGAUAUCUGGACAUCCAAUAAAAAUAUUAUCAACUAAUAUUGAACAAUAUGUGUCGGAUUUUCUUGUAUGUGUUCACAAGCGAAAUCAAUUUCUGUAUAUGACUGACUAUUCAUUCAUUCCAUUAAUGCCUCUUGGCUAGCUCAAGUGUGAGCUUCACAUUUGUCUCGCAUUGUGCAUUAAGAUCAAGAGGAGAUAAUAUAGAAAUAGUUUCGCCAUGAAAGGCGUCAUACAAGAAGUACAAAACAAAUACUCAUUUUUAGAUAAUUUACUAACAAACUUUUGGAAGUCAUGGAUCAAGUCAAAUUUAACGUUCAAAUUGCAAUUGAAAAAUAUUAAAUGGAAAAAUGAAAAAGCAAAACCUGGAUUUGCUUACAAGCCAACUGAGAUUGAGCAAUUGGCCAAUGUUAUAACGCAUGGCAUCUGGAUAAUACCGGCUUUGCUGUGUCAGUAUAAACUCUUUGAACGUUCAAAAUCUUCUAGUCAGUAUUUGGUGUCUUGGGUAUAUGGCAGUGCUCUCACCUUACUUUUUACUGUAUCAUCAUGUUUUCAUUGCUCCUGUUAUUGUACAGAACACGACGGAGUUAAAAAUGUUUUACAUCGAUGCGAUCGAGCAAUGAUAUACAUUUUUAUAGCAGCGUCAUAUUUUCCAUGGCUAAUGUUGGAAAAUCCUGAUCACUCUGUUGUACUGAGUAGUAUGGAAUGGAUAAUUUGGUUAAUGGCAGCCAGCGGCAUCGCCUAUCAACAGAUAUUUCAUGAGCGUUUUAAGUGUUUAGAAACCUGCUUUUAUAUCUUGAUGGGACUGGGUCCGGCACUGGUGGUUUUUUGUACUGGCCAUGAAUUUCGUGGCAUGAACGAAUUAAAGUUGGGAGGCUUCUUCUAUAUAAUAGGAAUAUGUUUUUUUAAAUCGGAUGGUGUCAUACCCAUGGCUCAUGCCAUAUGGCAUUUGUUUGUAGUUCUGGCAUCGGGUCUACAUUAUUACGCCAUAUUGGCUAAUUUGUACCCAGCCACAUUAGAGUCUUCGAUUAUAACACAUGAUGAAAUCUUGUAGUGCUAAAUGUUACUUAAUUUAUGGUGAUGUAUUUAGUUUUAGUAUAUUUGAAAGGUGUUUAAUUUAUGUUCAUGAAAAUAUUGCAUUAGAAGAUUUUUUCUUUUUUUUUUUUUAAACCGAAUUUAUAAUUUAUCGAAUAUUUGUUAUUAUUUUUGAUUACACUAUGUCUUCAGAUUUAGCUUCCGUUUCAAUAUGAAUCAAAUAAGAUAGGGUAAGGGGUAUACGAGAUCGUACAUAUGUAUAUAUAUAUAAGUCUAGAAAGUUAGUUGUAGAGAUGCUAUACAUUUAAGUAUAUGGCACAACUAUUUAUUGAAUGGAAACCUCUGUGUGACUUCCAUAUAAAAUAUAUUUUUUAAGCGUGUUUAUCUGCAACCAGUCUGUUACAGUAUACCACCUACUUAUUGCAAGCAAAGUAUGUAUAUUUUUUAUACGAAAUAUUAAUCUUAUUAAAACGAACACCCUAUUAUUAUGUAAAGUGUGUGAUUUAUUCUAUAUUUACCUCCAAAAAAGAAUUAACCAUAACCACCAAUUUUCCAAAGUAAAGAAACAGACAAAUUUUUAGUGUUCAAUAGUGAAAAUUCCAAAUUCAAUUUUAAAUGUAGGACGUUUUAAUCUCUAAGUAAAAAAAAUUAGCAAAUUCUAGUUUUAUUCCUAGAUUGUAAUACAUACAAAAGUUUUAUUGCCAAAAUGUUGAAAUAAAGAUGAACAAUGUAAUGAACAAACUUA